GUUGUCACUAACCAUAUAAACAGAAAGAAACUGUCUGAAUUCCUUACAUACACCAUGGCACUGCCCGCGUUGGUUAUACUGCCUGUUACCUGGGUCCUGCUGGCUCUUUCUACUGCGCAAAACACCUGCCCAGGUAAGUGUUACAUCACACAGUACUGGAGGUCUUAACACAGGUUGAUAGUCACAUGCAAAUACUUGCACUCAGUCUGCUAAAGGCAUUCAUUUAUUUAAACCGAAAAACAAUUUCAUGCAAAGAAAUUGAAUUUAACUAAAAAUCAUGUCUCCAACUCGGCUAUAGUCAUAGUAUGGCUAUUCUAGUCUAAAAUUAGCUUCUGAGGUUUUAAAUUUACUACAACUCAGAGUGAUUUGAAUUUUUUAGACCAAAUUAGCCAAACUAAAAACUGACUUGAAGAAAUUCUAUUUCAAUUCUAGACAAUUCAAACCUUAUAGAAGAGUUGACUGUUGAAAAGUAUUUUGUGAGGUUUAGUCUUAUUGAAUGUUAUAAACCCCAAACUGAAGUGAUAUGGCCUGCUUUAUAAAAAGAGUAGUACAUGCACGGUAUGUCCUCCCAGCUGAAAUGGGAAAAUAAACAAUAAAUGCCAGUUACCCAUAAGAUCAGUUAUUGCAGUUUGUUCAUUCUUGGUGAGGGUUUAUUGACUAUGUGAGGAGUUGUCAAGAACUGAGACGGAAGCUUUUAGGCUGAAAUAGCCAACCUAGAAAAAUAGGUGAGCUCAGAUAAAUUUUUCUAGUUGUUUAACCAGCUGUGAAAUGUUUAAACAUAACCGCUAUACCCUAGAUUUCCACAGUCUUUCUUUUGUUUCUACGUAAAUGUCUCAUCCUAAUUUCUAUGGUUCAUUUCUUAAAGGAACAUUCAAAUCACCAUAACCACUCCAACAUUCAGAACUGGUUAUGGUGCCAGAAGGGCCCUAGUUCCUUCCUACGUAAGUAGUAAGUGCCAUAGUCCCUCCCCACAUAAGUGGUUUUACUUUUUAAAUGGGGUCGGUUGGUUGCCUCCACGGCAGCCGGAAACACUCAGCUCUGAUCAAAGCCCGGUGGUGGGCUUAGCACAGGAGAGAUAACGAGAUAAGCAGGAGCUUCUGGCGAACCCCAAGUAAAGAGUUGAACCAUUCUUAUCGAUCAAGUUCCGUUCCUACGACCCGGUCGUAGAACGAAUUGGUUGGUAAGUGCAGAGUUAAGGGAUUCCCUGCUCUGGUGCUUUCGUCUAUGUUCGGGAAACUUCCCUGAACAUAAACAAACUCACCAGAGCAGGAAAUCUCUCUAAUCUAUGUCCAGGGGAAUUUCCCCAAACAUAGAUUAGAGAGAUUCCCUGCUUGAUGCGUUCAUCUAUGUUCGGGGACGUUUCCCCGAACAUAGACAUGUGAGAUUUCCCCGAACAUAGAUUAGAGGGAUUCCCUGAUCUGAUGCGUUUGAUUAUGUUCGGGGAAGUUUCCCUGAAGUGCGAGCCAUCGUCAAACAGGGAGGUUGCAAAAUGAGGACCACGUGUACUUAUAAGGGGAGGGAGCGCUACAUCACUCCUGGUACCAUAACCAUUACAGUGUUUUGCAGUGGUUAUGGUAUGUUGCUUUAACUGUCAAAACUGGAAAAAAAUAUAGCUUAGAGGGAUCACUAGAUCAACUGUUUGCAGAGUAAGGAACAGCGCACACACACACAAAAAAAUCAACAUUUUACAAGACUGCUUAAAAUCACCUACCUCAGCAAACAAAUAUGGGGAUUCAGUUACACUAUAUGGCCACCUGGGGGCUGCGCACAUAAGUGCCACCUGGUGGGACCGGUCCGGUGGCACUCAGAGGGGGCCGGCUGCGUUCCUGGCUGGAGCCGCCGGGCCGGGUGGCACCUUCCCCGGUCCGGCCCUGCUCCUGUCACUGGCUGUUGUGGCUGCUGAUGGAUGAAGGAGGAGGAGCCUGUCUCUGUACCAUGCCCCCUUCGCGGUUCCCACAAUUCCCAGCACAGGAACCGCGAGGGAGCAUGGUACAGAGACAGGCUCCUCCUCCUUCAGCCAUCAGCAGCCACAGCAGCCAGUGACAGGAGCAGGGACGGACCGGGGAAGGUGCCGCUCCAGUCUGGAACGCGGCCCCUGACUUCUCAAGGUAAAUGGGGGGGGGGGGGGGGAGAGAGAUGGGGUGGAGGAGGGAGGGAGAGAGAGAUGGGGAGGAGGGAGAGACACAGGAAAGGGGAGGAGAGAGAUGGGGGGAGGAGGGGAGAGACACAGGGAAAGAGGAGGGAGAGAUGGGGAGAGGGGAGAGACACAGGGAAAGGAGAGAGAGGAUGGGAGGGGGGGGGAGACACAGGCAAGGCAGGGAGAGAGAUGGGGAAAGGGGAGAGACACAGGAAAAGGGGAAGUGAGAGAGAUGGGGAGGAGGAGAGACACAGGAAAGGGGAGAGAGAUAGGAGAGAGGAGAGACACAGGGAAAGUGGGGAGGAGAGAGAUGGGGAGAGGGGAGAGACACAGGAAAGGGGUGAGGGAGAGAGAUGGGGAAAGAGCUGUAGGAAAGGGAGGAGGGAGAGAGAUGCGGGGGGAGGCAGAGAAAUGGGGAGGAGGGAGAGACACAGGGAAAGGGGGAGGAAGAGACACAGGGAAAGGGGGUGAAAGAGGCAAAGUGGGAAGAGAGAGACAAAGAGGGAGAAAUAAGAGAGAGACACACAAGGGGAGGGGAAGAAAGAGGCAGAGGGGGAAGAGAGAGACUGGGAAAGAGAGAGAUGGGGAAAGGGAGAGACACAGGGAAAGGGGGGAGGGAGAGAGAUGGGGAGAGGGGAGACACAGAAAGGGGAGGGAGAGAGAUGGGGGGGAAGGGAGAGACACAGGAAAGGGGGAGGAGAGAGAUGGGAGAGGGAGAGGACACAGGGAAGGGGGAGGAGAGAGAUAGGAGAGGAGACACAGGAAAGGGGAGGGAGAGAGAUGGGGAGAGGGAGAGUGGUGCGGGGAGGAGAGAGAGAUGUGGGGAGAGACACAGGGAAAGGGGGGAGGGAGAGAGAUGGGGAGAGACACAUGGAAAGGGGGAGGGAGAGAGAUGGGGAGGAGGGAGAGACACAGGGAAGGGGGGAGGAAGAGACACAGGCAAAGGGGUGAAAGAGGCAGAGGGGGAAGAGAGAGACAAUGAGGGAGAAAUAAGAGAGAGACACACAUGGGGAGGGGAAGAAAGAGGCAGAGGGGGAAGAGAGAGACUGGGAAGGAGAGGGGAGACAUUGACACAGAGGAGCAGUGAGGGGGAGAAAGAAACAUAUAGAGUGACUGGUGGACACAAAAAGGCACACAGAGGGGCUGGAGAUAAAGAGACACACAUAGGGGCAGUAUAUAUCCCCCCCACCCUCCCAAGGCUUUCCCCUGCCUGCCGAUCUCCCUCCCCGUUCCACAGGCACCGUGCAGGCAGCCGGCAGGGGAAGAAGAGAGGACCCGGGGCAACGCUCCGGCUCUCACAAGGGUGAACUCUAGUCCUGGAGCUACGGGCUAGAGUUCACUCUCACCACUUCCUGGUGGUCGCAGUAGUAGGAGUGAACUCUAGCCCCAUACACACACUGCCCCACACACACACCAUACACAUUCUCACACUGCCCACCCACACACUGAACCUUUCACACACAUUGCACCAUUGCUCCUAUACCCUACUACAGCCCCAUAUCCCAGCAGAAUCCAGGUAAGUUGUCAAACUGUUCUUAAACGGUUUGACUACUUACUCUGGGAGGGGGUGCCAAUGCUCCUGGCACCAUAACCACUACACAGAGUGUGGUUAUUGUGCAUGGAAUAUUUCUUUAAAUAAUCUACAAGUUCCCCUCCUGGGCUCAGGCUCUGGAUCCGCCACUGGUAUAUGACAUGUAUAUUAAUGUGUGUAUUAAUUAUAUAUAUAUAUAUGUAUAUAUAUAUAUAUAUAUACCUAUUAUAUUUACACAUAUUAAUGUACAUUUAUAUAUGCAUAAUACACAGAGAAAUAUCAUUAAUAUGUACCAUAUGUAAUGAGCAGAUAUUGGCCCAGUCUUGUUUCUAGGUGCAUACUCCAGCACAAUAACAUAUUUAAAGUGAAGAGCACACCCACAGGACUUCAAGAUAACGUCAUUUUUUACAGUUGUGCCCUACAUACAUUCACCAUUUCGGUCCCAUUACCAAGCUUUCCUUAAUAUGUCAAGGUAGUUGGACUGAAACAUUGAUUACAUGCAAAGGCACGUCUGCUUAAAAUAAAUUUGCACUUUUGUUUAUUUUGAAGCCUAUGAGUGCGCUUUUUAAGUUGAAGUACUUUUUAAUUUUAAGUUAUCUGUUCUAACUCUGUAUCUGCACACUAUGCUGGCGCGACGCAUUAUGGGGCUGGUAAAUAUUUUUUUUCCAGGGCUGCUUUUAAUUCCCAGUCCGGCCCUGUAAGCUACAUACAGAGCGUUUAUUCAAUGUUCAGGAUGCUUUAUAAUUGCAUUACUAACUAUUUUUAAAUUUUAUUUCUAGAGGUGAAAUUUACUGGCUUAAGUGGAACAGAAAAAGUUACUAUUAUUCAGGGAUGUCCUGGUGUUCCAGGAACUGCUGGACCCAAAGGAGAACUAGGACCCCAAGGGCCAAGAGGUACUUUUUUUUGUCAACUGGGACUGUUAUGAAUCUUAUUCUUUUUUAUGAUAUUAUUGCUUUUUUUUUUUUUAUUGGUACCACUGUGUCUUACAAUGUAACAUUUCCAAUUUUAAUAGAAAUGCAUUAUCUCCUUUAGUCUGGUAGGUCAGAAGAUUCACAUUUUACAGAGUAGAGGGUCUUCGAUGAGCCACUGUACAUAAAGAUGUCCCACGCAUUUUAGGGCACUAAACUCUCCUCUAGAACAUGCAAUGAAAAUCCUGAGAUACACGUAUGAACUAUUGACUUUGCCUAAUAAAACAUAAAUAUGUGUCUUCAUUUUUAUUAAAAUGUUCUGAUAAUUUCAGGUGAGAAAGGUCUUCCGGGCAUUAUUGGUAAAAUGGGCCCUCCCGGGUCAAAAGGUGAGCAUAACAUUGACUUGUAUUGUGUAAGGUCCAUCAUGUAGUUGAUUUUCAGAGGUUUUGUCGGGGAAGAUACAACAAUAAAAGAGGGGUUUUAUUUAUAACCAUUUGUUAAGUUUCCUAGAUCUGCUAGGCAUCUAUCUGCUGUACUUAUUGACGCAGUGGCUGCCUCAACUAUUAAAGAAUUACAACUCUAAUUGUCCUUGGCAAGCCUUUUCUCUAACUUCAUGUUAGCUGUAGUUCUGUUGGGGACAUUUUAAAUACCUCUGCUCUAAUUUGUAGGUCCUAAUUAUUGGGGACCUUUGUUCUUUAUCAAUGUCUCAGUAUUUAAUGGCUUUAUUGUGACAAAUAAGAGAGCUUGAUUUAAUUUUCAGGAGAAAGUUCUUCAUCCGGACCUCGAGGUUUUCCAGGUAAAAAAUGGGAAACAUUAAAUUGUUUUAUUUUUUUUAAUAAAAAAAAAAGCUCUGCUUGUUAUACAAAUUUACAAAGGAAACCAUUGUAAUAAUGGUAACUACUACGUGCUAUUUAUUCAAUUUCUUUAAAGUCUUUGAGUGUCAGCUGGGUGUACACAAUGUGGAACUAAUACCUUGCUGCAAAGGUUGAAGACCUCAGACAUUACAACAGAAAAUGUUUUAACACAGUCCCAGCUUUAGAAGAAUAAAUAAUGUGAGAGGACUAUACAUUUAUAUAUGGAGUAUACAUCUGAACAUGUGAUGCUAUGUUUUCCUACGCGUUUCACUAGAUACAGCAAUCUGUUGUUACACACUCUGAACAGCAUUACCCUUAGUUUAGUUUUUUUUUAUAUGUUCAGGUUAAAACAUAAGGAACAAUCCACAAAUUAUCUUUUUUACCUGGAUUUUCUAAUGCCCUUGCACUCAUACUGUAUUUUUUUUUCUCUAUAAUUUUAUGUUAAUAUUUAUUUCCAGGCCCUCCUGGUGUUCCUGGGCUCCAAGGACCAAAAGGUAAGAUUAUUUGUGCUCAAAAAAUGCUUUCUAAAGUCACUUGGGGAAUAUUAAAUUCACUAUAAAAUGAAUAUUGAGAUCAAUGAUUUUUUGUUAAACUAUUUACAUGACAAAGCAUGUACUGUAAUCAGUACUGUAAUCAGUAAUGUAUAAAUGCAGUGUUCUAUUUUAAAACUAGCCACACGUGGCUUUUAAUGCAUGGACUCCACAGCAACAUUACAGGGGUUUUCUUCCAGGAGUUUCUGUGUCUGAAAGAUAAUUGAGCUCUAAACAGGAUAACUCAAUUACCUCUCAGAUACAGGAAAUAACAUACAAUCUUACAAAUCACCCCAAAAACAUAAAAUAUUUUUACAGGAACCCCACAAUUCUCAUAUUCCCAAAUAGCCUGUGUCUGAGCGCCCAACAUAUCCAAAAAGCGUUCUGUUCAGUGAAACGGAAUCGCCAUUCAGAAGAAAUUUCGACCGGCCGGCCACGAGGGGUGCCCCAAAAGAGUUCCAGAGAAUCCAGGUCAGCGGCCAGUCUCUGUUUGGGGGUUCCUGUGCGAACACCAACGAAUGCUCCCCCUGUGCUUAUAGGUAAUAGUUCCUAUCUCCCGAACGUGGUUCGUGUAGCUUGUCGGGAAAGUGUACGGGCAGCAGUACCAUCUUUGCCAGGGUUUCGCAAGAGUGUGUAGCCAAUAUGAGUUCCACACGCUCAACGACCAUGUACUGCUGCCUGUGUUCGGUAGACAAAAUGGCCACCCAGUGAAAGCACUCAAAUAAAUCCUUUAAUUGCGGUUAACAGCCGGGGGUGGUCAGUGUUCUGAGUCAAUAAAAAGAGGGGGACCCCACAAGUUCUGUUCAGUUCACGAACGAACAGGGGGAUACGGGUCUGUUUGGUAAAACUACACAUAAGUUCGGUCAACCCCAUGGAAUGAUAAUAGGUACACCACACUUCCAACUGAAGAAUCAGUCAUCAGGCUAAUGCCAAGAUUCCAAUUUGUAUCCAUGACAAAAAAGUUUAAUAAACUCUGCUAUUAAAAGGAUGACUCACAGAUCAUAUACUAGAAUGAGCUAUGUUUGUUUUACCAAUAACCUUAACCUGUCAUUGUAUCUUUUUCCCUGUCUUUAGGUGAUAAAGGCUCUCCAGGUACCACAAGUACACAAGGAUCAAAAGGUAAUAGGAAUUAUAUUCAUAUCUGCAGCAAUUAAUCUAGCUAUUGGCUGAAAAAACAAGAUAUUUGUGAUGGGGUCUGUCACGAACGCACCCUACUCCAAGAGUGUGCGUGACGUAGUUGUGGUUGUGAAAGGGUUAAAGUUCACUAUUUGUCUGCACUAGACCGGAAAUAAUGACAAAAUCCCCCUUUAACACCACCCACACUUAAACAUAAUAAUAUAACUAUUACUAUUUUAACGCUGCCACCACCAAGACAAUUUAUAAAUGGGGUGCCUUGGUCCCCCAGGUAAAUCAAUAAUAAAACCCACCAAAUAUUACUUAGCACAAUAUUUAAGGAAUUAUAAAAAUACUAACUGGUCUCUUCAGGUAACGUGAUUCUUAACCAGACAAAGGCAAAACUUAAUAAAUGAAUGUUUAUUAUGAGCAAAAGAUAGUCACAGUGCAUAUAAAAAUAUAUGAUAAACAAAUUAUUUACACCAACAACAGAUAAAAACAAAAAGGAUAAAAUACAGAAGUCCUAAUUACUCACUUAGGUUUUCAAAGUACAACUUCUGUCCAGGGGGUCUCUGGCAAGGAAAGAUGGUGACUCACCCAAAAUUAGAUCUUGGCCCCAAGCAAGUACACCAACACCCUUCAGGAUCAUUAGAUAUAUACCCUGUGGUUUAUCAAGUCUUGCCCAGGGGUGGAGUUAAGGCGUACCUACAGAAAUAAUAACUGACCACCUCCUUUGUUCCAGACCACUGUCAAUCCAAAUUGAAACAUUUGACUCUAUCUUCUUUUUUGUACCUGCCACAGAAAUAAUAAUUGCAUCUACAAAUUUGUUAUUAUUUUCCCAUUCCAUAGACAUGUUGCACGUCCCACCCACGAUCCAAUAGGACAGACAUCACAAUUCCUUUCCCUAGGGUCAAGUUAGGCCACUCAUGUUUGGACUUGGUUAGAAGAUGGCGCUUGUCACAUUCCAAAUAUAACAAAAAUGAGGCUUAAUUAUUAUUCUGUGGGGGUAAAUAUGAAAGUUUUUGUCCUUCCUUUGGAUAUGAUACUAGAACAAAGCUAAUGGCAUUUACAUAUCAAAGAGAUUUACUCAUCACUUACAAAGUACGGGCCAAAUGGAUGAAGAGACAUUCAGACUUUUUCCAAGUGUUGAACCUCACACCUUGCAGACUUCACAUCCAUACAGUAAAAUCCUUUUCACAUCCCUAUGCCAUUCACACUACCCCUUUUGUCAUCUGCCCUCUGUGGGGGGGUCCCAGCUUCAAAAGAUGUAACCCCUGUUGACCUCAGCAAUAGCAUCUCUGUAAUUUGUGCCAUUUACUACAAGAAAUCACAUUAAAAGAUGAUAUUCCAUAGUGUCAUAAUAAAUUAUACACCCUUGCCGUGACACCUCCCCCAAAUAAGAGACGCAAUGGGAGAAGGCUCACAUGCCUCUACCUUGUGUAUCAACACUUGUUCCUUUUUUGCCUCCACCUCAUAUACUCAUCUUUUUCAGGACUCUGGUUCUACAUGAAUGGGGUAACCCUCACAUGUUCACACACCUCCCCCAAAAAGGCUUGCCCUUUGUCCCUAAGCCAUAUCACAGCCAUAUCCACAACACGCAUGCCUGAUUUGCCUGUUUCCAUCUCCCACUGCGCUCUGAUCACAUCUCUCAGGCCACACCCACUGCGCCCGUGUAGUAGCUCUAAGGGGAAGAAACCAACCGAUUUCUGCAGUACUCCCCUGUAAGCACACACAAGAUGAGACAGAGGACACUCCCAGGGUACCUGCACUGUAUCCACACUCCUUAUCUGUUUUAUUUUGUGGUCUGUCUGCUGGGCUCGUUGCACCUUUUUACUCUGAACCUUUGGUUCAGAAUCAAAAAGUUGCUUAGAGACAGACGCCUUCUCCUGAGCUGGCUUGGGUGUAUGUUGGAGGUGUGAUUGUGAUAUGCUGACAAGGAGGGUGGUUCCCCCAUCAGUAUGUUCCCCUGCGGCCAUUUUCCCUGGACCCACAGGUUGAGACUGUCCAUGCCCCUCACUUUGGGCAGACCGUGGACGGGUCCCCCUAUCUACUGAUGGAACCUCUGUCUCUCCCUCACCUCCUCUCCAUGUCCUCACACACACAGCACCUUGGGAACUGGCUGAGUCUUGUGCAGAGUAAGGCUCACACACACUCUGCCCUCCCUCAAAGCCAUGCUCUCCCUCCACACUUUCACACAGCCCAGCCAAUACAUUGGCGUCAGGCAGAUUUUGGCACACAUAUUCAUUCAACCCUCUCUCUCUAGAAUUCUCUUCCUGCACAUUGUCACAUAACACCUUUAGCACCCCUUGGUCAGGCACUGGAUGUGAAACACACUCACGUAAUUUCCUCUCCCAGCCAGGCCAUCCUUCCAUAAUCUCACAUAGCCACUCACUUUGUCCUUGUUCUGGCACCUGACAUACUCCUGACUGAGAUACAGGUGAACACAUCAACUCAUCCUGCCCUGGUUCCCAAAUGUUUGAUCCACUUGUGUUUUCACAUGGCAUCUUAAACAACCCUGGCUCUGACACAGAUAGGCACACACGCUCAUCCAGCCCCGCCUCGCUGUGCAGCUGUUUUUGCCCACUCACACAUGGUAUUACAGGCACCCCUAGUGCUUGCCCUCGCUCCCAGCACAAUUGCCGGCAUACACCUUCGCUUGUUUCCACAGACACCCCUGGUUCAGGCACAGAUUGAUACACAUUCUGCCCUCCCUCCCAGUGAAGUUGUCCUGGCAAACUUUCACCUUGUACCACAGACAACUCUGGUUUUGGCACAGCCUGGCACACAUGCUCAUUCUGCCCUCCUUCCCAGCAACUUUGUCUUGGCACAUUCUCACAUGAUAUUGCAGACACUUCUGGUUCAGGCACAGACCAGCACACAUGCUCAGUCUGCCCUCCCUCCCAGCACAAUUGUCUGCAUACAUUUUCACAAGUUUCCACGGACACCCCUGGUUCUGGCACAGAUUGACACACAUUCUGCCCUCCCUCCCAGCGAAGUUGCCCUGGCAAACUUUCACCUGAUACCACAGACAAUUCUGGUUUUGGCCCAGCCUGGCAUGCAUGCUCAUUCUGCCCUCCCUCCCAGCAACUUUGUCUUGGCACACUCUCACAUGAUAUUGCAAACACCUCUGGUUCAGGCACAGACCCGCACACAUGCUUAUUCUGCCCUCCCUCCCAGCACAAUUGUCUGCAUUCAUUUUCACAUACUGCCCUCUGCACAGGAGGGCCCCUAUGAGGCUUGGGUUUAUAACACACGAUACUUUCUGGCACAUACUGGGAUAACAAUCUACCUAAGUCAGUACCAAGUAAUACAUUUGCAGGGAUAUUCUCAUCUACCCCCACAUUUCUGAAACCCUUCCCCGCUCCCCAAUCCAAAUAAACUCGUGCCAUUGGCACUACAAGUCGUACCCCCCCCAAUUCCUUUAACUGCUAGAGUCCUGCCAGGAAUUAAGUCCUCAGAGCACACUAGCUCUGGACGCACAAGAGUCACAUCUGCCCCAGUGUCCCUGAGUCCCACAGUUACCUCUCUUCCAACUGUCACAGGCUGCAGAUUCACAUUGUUGCUGCCUUCUGAUCUGGUUACAAACAACACAGAGGACGUUGGUUCUGAGGAGCGUCCCUCCCCAGCUGAUGAUGCUGGCUGCCGUUUCCCAGGGCAAGCAACACUAAUGUGCCCAACUUGGUUGCAAAUAAAACAUCUGCGACUAUCUCCUUGCGCAGACAUGGCACUAGCUCCCCCUCUCCCUGAGGUAGGAGCUGAAACAAAAGAUGGCCAGCUAGGCCUGGCGAUGGGGAGUCGUGGUGGUGUGGUCCUCCAGCUGGAUGUUCCCUUGGCAAAACCUCUGCUCCGGUCCACUGUUGCUCGAUUGGCAGUGUGGAAAUCUGCCAGCUCACCCGCCUCCAAUGCCGUUUUGGGGUUCCUGUCCAGCAACCAUUCCUGUACAUCGGCUGGGCAGAGCUGCAAAAACUGUUCUUUUAUUAACAGGUCUUGCAAACUUUCCAAAGUGGUAAUCUCCAGCCCUGUAGUCCACUGUCGGAAUGCUGUCGCCAGGUGCCCCACAACUGCUGCAUAACUUUCUGUGGGAUGCUUUUGCAAAGUUCUGAAUUUCUUUCGGUACACCUCAGGAGUAAGGUUGUACCGUUUUUGCAAGGCAGCCUUAAUCGCAUCAUAGUCCUGGUCAAACUCUGCUGGAAGCACAGCAAAUGCUUCCAGUGCAGGACCUCUGAGACCAGGGGUGAGGUAUUUUGCCCACUGGUCCUUUGGUAGCUGGUACUGCCUGCAAACCUUUUCAAAACUGCGCAGGAAAACAUCCAAAUCACCAUCCUUGUCCAAAGUUGGAAAGUUCUCUGCACGUGGUUUGGGUGCAGAAGAGUCUCUGGAAUUAAUACUUACAGGGGAGGCAGUCAACCUCUCCAACUCAGCCAUUUUUAGCUCAUGCUCUCUGGCAGCCUGGCGCUCUGCGGCCUCCUGAUAUUGAAGGAUAAGCUGUAGUCUUUGGUUUGCGUCUGCUGAGUCCACAUAUUUCAACACAGUUUGUAAGUAACAAUCCAAAGGAUCUCCAGAACUCGGUACAUCACGGACAAAAGCUGCAGGUAUCUCCCCUGCAGUGUUUGAGGCAUCAUUUUGCACUGCUUGUUGCAUAUCAUAGUCCACCAGUGCUUGCAAUAGUUCCUCUUUUGUUUUUCCCCGACAGGGAAUAGAUCUCUCCCGGCAAAGCUGGUCUAGCGCUGCCUUGGAUUGCGCCUGGUACUCCAUUUAGUAAAUAAAAGAUAGAAAAGAAAAAACAGAGAAGGGGGGGGACUGUUGAGGUGUAAAUAUAUUAUAUAUGCACUGAGUUCAGCCUUUGGAAAUUGAGACACAAUUUCUUUUAGUGCCUGGAUUAACCAACAAAUCCAGCAACACUAAAAUCUGGUACAAAAAGAUGAAAAAUCUUUUUAGUUAUCCCACCGCUAUGCCACCAAUUUGUCACGAACGCACCCUACUCCAAGAGUGUGCGUGACGUAGUUGUGGUGGUGAAAGGGUUAAAGUUCACUAUUUGUCUGCACUAGACCGGAAAUAAUGACAAAAUCCCCCUUUAACACCACCCACACUUAAACAUAAUAAUAUAACUAUUACUAUUUUAACGCUGCCACCACCAAGACAAUUUAUAAAUGGGGUGCCUUGGUCCCCCAGGUAAAUCAAUAAUAAAACCCACCAAAUAUUACUUAGCACAAUAUUUAAGGAAUUAUAAAAAUACUAACUAGUCUCUUCAGGUAACGUGAUUCUUAACCAGACAAAGGCAAAACUUAAUAAAUGAAUGUUUAUUAUGAGCAAAAGAUAGUCACAGUGCAUAUAAAAAUAUAUGAUAAACAAAUUAUUUACACCAACAACAGAUAAAAACAAAAAGGAUAAAAUACAGAAGUCCUAAUUACUCACUUAGGUUUUCAAAGUACAACUUCUGUCCAGGGGGUCUCUGGCAAGGAAAGAUGGUGACUCACCCAAAAUUAGAUCUUGGCCCCAAGCAAGUACACCAACACCCUUCAGGAUCAUUAGAUAUAUACCCUGUGGUUUAUCAAGUCUUGCCCAGGGGUGGAGUUAAGGCGUACCUACAGAAAUAAUAACUGACCACCUCCUUUGUUCCAGACCACUGUCAAUCCAAAUUGAAACAUUUGACUCUAUCUUCUUUUUUGUACCUGCCACAGAAAUAAUAAUUGCAUCUACAAAUUUGUUAUUAUUUUCCCAUUCCAUAGACAUGUUGCACGUCCCACCCACGAUCCAAUAGGACAGACAUCACAAUUCCUUUCCCUAGGGUCAAGUUAGGCCACUCAUGUUUGGACUUGGUUAGAAGAUGGCGCUUGUCACAUUCCAAAUAUAACAAAAAUGAGGCUUAAUUAUUAUUCUGUGGGGGUAAAUAUGAAAGUUUUUGUCCUUCCUUUGGAUAUGAUACUAGAACAAAGCUAAUGGCAUUUACAUAUCAAAGAGAUUUACUCAUCACUUACAAAGUACGGGCCAAAUGGAUGAAGAGACAUUCAGACUUUUUCCAAGUGUUGAACCUCACACCUUGCAGACUUCACAUCCAUACAGUAAAAUCCUUUUCACAUCCCUAUGCCAUUCACACUACCCCUUUUGUCAUCUGCCCUCUGUGGGGGGGUCCCAGCUUCAAAAGAUGUAACCCCUGUUGACCUCAGCAAUAGCAUCUCUGUAAUUUGUGCCAUUUACUACAAGAAAUCACAUUAAAAGAUGAUAUUCCAUAGUGUCAUAAUAAAUUAUACACCCUUGCCGUGACAGGGUCCAACUGUUUUCUGCAUCUUAAAAUAAAGCCCCUUCAUUCCAUCAAAUCAUGUUGCUGUCUGACUUGUUUGGAUUUUAUUUGUCCCAUUUUCAAAGAGUGUUCAAGCUUUGAUCGCCAAUUAAUGGCUGACUGCUCUUUUCCAAUUUCCUGCCAGAUAGAUUGGAAGAGCAUUUUAGCUAGAAGGCCAAACUCGGACAGUCAAACUGUAUUCUAUGCAGUUCUCAGCAUAUUAAAUUUGAUACAACAUUGCCCACAUACCUCCUUGAUGAUUUGGGAAGGAUGGACAAAAAACAUGACCCCCAGUUACUGAUGGCUCCAUAAAUACAGCACUACAAAGCUGUCUGUCUGUCUGUCACUGAGUUAGACAUAAUUUAAUUAGAUGCCUUUUAUUUAAUAUGAUCACUUAUAUGUGUGUAUUUUAACAUGAUUUGUUUAAUGAAGACAUCAAAGAGACACCCCAAGUGCCUCCAGACCAGUGUAGAGUCCAUUCUCAGAUCCAACAAUAAAAGUGAAUGGCACAAACUGGAAAGGGUCCAAUGCAGCUUUAUUAAAUCACAAUAGGCUAAGUUUGGGCUCUAAAAAAAGAGCCUGAAACCUCUAUUGUAAUUCAAUAAAUUCUCAUUGUGUCUAGUCCUUUCUUUGCGGAAUAUAAGGGCACAUGACCACACUUAAAGAUCAGCGUUUCUUAAUUAUCAGAAAACAAAAUGCCAUUAGCCAAUCCUUAUACUGGCAAAGAGCAGACCUCUCCUACAUUAAAAUAUAAAAAUACUAAAGUUAUAUACCCCAAAGUAAAGUGGGGGGGGGGGGGUAUUCGGGGUUAGUCUAGUCUUUUGGAUUUUACAUUUAAUUAAAUAAAUCGCUGGAAACAGAUCGCCAACUACUAUCUGUGUAACUAGAAUAAUUGAAACUUAAAAGAAGAUUAUAUUUAAUUAAGCUGAUUAUUUCAUAUUUUAAGGAGUUAAAAACUGCAAAGAACUUCUGGAACAAGGGAAUACUUUGAAUGGCUGGUACUUAAUUCAACCCAAUGACCGCAAGUCACUGAUGGUGAAGUGUGACAUGGAGACUGAUGGCGGCGGAUGGAUAGUAAGUACAGAUAACAUUAACAGCUGCUUAAAGGGACAGUCCAUAAAAAUGCUUAUUGUAAAAAAUAUACUGUUAAUUUGAUAGGUAUGCUAAAUCCCAAAAUAUAUAUAUUGUAUAUUCUAAAUAUGUGCAUUAAUAAUGUGCUUUUUUUUUUUUUUUUAAAUACAGAUAGUUUUUUCCCACUAAAUUGAUUAAAUUAAAAUCAGGUUGGCAAGGUUUACCUAUUUUUGAAAAAUGUCCUGCUCAGCUCUAGUCCCAUGUUGGCUAUUUUAUUUUAGAGAAUUUAAGAGAACUAUUACAUUAACAAAUAUACUUUUUAAGUAUUGACACUGAAAAGGCAACUUCACUAUUCUUUGAAAACCAAGAUAUAACUCUCCAGCAGGUAUAAAGAGAAUGCUAAAUUAUCUCUCUCAAAAGCCUGAAGACAAACCCACAAUGUACCCAUGCAGAGAUUAUACAUUCCCCAUGGCAAUAUUCAAUAUCAUUUUCACAGAUUCAAACCUAAUGGACAUUGAUGACAUUGGCGACUUACUUUGCAACAGCUGUCAAGUCCCUGACUCUGUAAAUUUAUUUUUUCCACUUUUGGGAUGCAAAGAUUAGUCACUACUACUGUUGGUUAAUCCACAUCUGUUAAAGUGGCUCUGUCAUUCAUGCCCCAUGAAAUCUUUAUGAACUUAAAUACUUAAAGUAGGGACUAAUGUAUUUCUCUUUGCUUGACAAAACUUGCCAAAAGGCUGACCUACCACUGGUAAGUGUUUCAUUACCUUACCACGACCCUGCACAUUUCGAGUGGGCACUUACGCAUCCAGCUUCUGAUGUCCCCAGCACUACACGGCGCCCCAAUGUCUUGUUCUGACAUCAUUCAUGGCAGGUUAUAUGGUGCUAUUUUAUGACCUCGAUAUUCCAGGGUGACAUCACUUACCUGUAACCAAUCACUACACAGUAUAGUAUAUAUAACUUCAUGGUUAUUCCGAUUACUUGUAUCUCCGUGCUAGCCCGGCCACUCUAAGGACCAGUACACAUACCUACCUGGUCUCAACCUAGGUUUGUGUGUUAGGGUAAGGUCAGUCCUGAGAAUACGUUUUGUCUAUUCCCCCCCGAAAGGCAUUGUCAAUGAAGUUCCUCACAGUCUAUCUCCUCCAUAGACAUUAGCAUGCAUGACAAUGGAGUCCUGGUGUGGGCUCCUGGCAAAGGAAGUGCCUGAAGCUUCAGGUAAGUAGAACCUAAAUUUACCAACACCCCCAGACAUCCACAUACCAAGCGGCGAUGUUACCAAAUAUGCAAAGACCCCAGACAGUGACAGUGCAGCUUUAAAUUGUUACUGUUUUUUAUAUUUUUGGUCAAAUUGCAAUUAUGUGAACGUUUAUUGUGUAACUGGCAUGGGAGAAGGACCACAAAAUCAAAGUGGACGUGGCUCAAUUAAAUUGUAGAUCACAGGUGACCUGACAUUAUUCUAUAGUUUUUUUUGUAAUCUUACCAAACAUGUCAACAAGCGAUGUUCAGUAAUCCUACAUCCCAUGGUUGGACCUGUGUGAUAAUAUUUAAAUGCUGCUAUUAAUAUUGUGAUUUUUUACCACUCACCUAACAGAUAGUAUUACACAAGAGAAGGUCAUCCACUAAGCUAUACGCCUAUGUAAACAUUACACAAAGCAUGCUAAAUUUAUACAUCACUCCAACAGGUAUUCCAGCGGCGCCAGGACGGCUCCGUGGACUUUUAUCAGGACUGGAAAACCUACAAAAAGGGCUUUGGAAACCAAAACAGUGAGUUUUGGUUGGGAAAUGAUAAUCUUAAUGCCCUAACAUCAACAGGUAAAGUGGUGUUUUGUAAAAUGUGCAGGUUUUAUGUUUGUUUUUUUCUAAGUAGCAAAGCUCCUAUAACCUCAGAAUGUACAUCUUGACAUCUUUGGUCAAAUGUUUGGCAAAGCAUCAUGGGAAAUAGAAUGCAAAGUGACUGCAAAAAGGUUAUUCACUACAAUGUGACUUGUCGGGGAUUCAAGGUUAAUUUCAAAUUUAAGACCAAAAUAAUCGAAUUGGAACCAUAGCUGACUUGAAGAAUUUUUCCACUUUGACAAUUCUAGCCUUAAAUGUGAAAUUCUCUUUUGUGUCUUUUCUAUAUUUUUAUAGGUAUUAUAAUAAUUAGUAGUAAUAGUUGUGGUAUUGUAAUUAUAUAUCCUUUGUUGUGUGGUUUUGUGUGCGCUGUCACCUGCAAUUUCUCUUUUGUUUCUUCACGUGUACAAAUACGGGGACAAAUAGCAGCACCAUUUUUAAUCCCACUUCAAACACCAAUAUCACUCUGUCUAGUUUGUGUACUUUUUUGUGUGAAUUCCCACAUCAGUGAAUAACCCUCCAAAUGUUCUUUCAUUUGGAGAAAUGUUGUGGAAAUGUAGACUACAUGGCUAGAACCUUCUUUGGAGAGAAAUUAAGGGUCCGUACUCGUAUCAUUUUUACAGAAAAAGUGGCAAAUGCAUCAGCUGACCUCGGACCAAGGGUGGUAAAGGCUAAUGAUGUGGAGGAUUUUUAGCUGUUAAAUAAGGACAGUGGGAAUCUAGAUCAUAUGGUCAUUUGGUUUUAGAUAUUGUCAAUUUCUGCACUAGUUUAGUACAUUUGGCUGUUUUUUGCUCACAAUGCUCUGUAGAGGUGACACUUUUGAUGCAAAGAAAAAUAUGUGUUUAUUAACUAUUAUCCCACUUGAUGUAUAUUCCAUAAAUAAUUAGCUCUACUCCAACAUUCCUGCAGAGGAAAUACAUUCACCUGAAUUUUGCUUAUUUCUUGCAAACAGGCUCACAUCAGUUUCGUGUCGACUUUGUAGACUUUGAGAACGCCAAGACAUUUGCAGUGUAUAAAGAUUUUAGAAUUUCCUCUGAAACAGAGAACUACAAGCUGACAGUUGGGGAAUAUACUGCGGGCAAUGCAGGUACUUGGUGCUUUGUAUGCGGAUAAAUAUGUUAUAAAACAACAGCUCAACAAACUGUAAAUGUAUAUUAAAAACCCAAGAUUGAUAAUAAUGUCACAAACAUGACUCAACAUACAAUAUGCCUAAAACAGAUCGGUAACACACAUUUACACCCAUUUAUUGAGGGGAUGAAAGUUCCAGGACUCUCCUGCACGCGCAAGCAGUACAGGCAUGGGGAUGCGCAAGGGGUGUGUCAGCCAUGCAUAUUCUCAUCCUAAUGGGAAGCCAGUUGGUCCCGACAACCAUUUAUUAUGCUACGUGCACUUUUUAAUCAUUUUUAAGUAAAGAAAAGACUGGUUAUUUAUUGAUUUAUCACACUUUUACAUUUGUUUAAAGAGUUAUUCCAAAAACACUGUUUUCAAGAUUCCAAGCACCAUGACCACUUCAAUUCAUUGGUUUCACGCCGUAAUGAAAUGUGUUGUGUUGUGCACCCUUAUGAAUACAGGUUCUGCCACUCCCCUGUACUGUGUAGUGGGAUGCUGAACUCACCUACAAAUACAUAUUGUUUUCACACAUAUAUUGUCCGAUUCCCUCCUCAUUACACCCAACUCUUUAUUUCAGAGAUUUAGUUUUUUAGACAUCACAGCAGCCAGUAUUUAGGAGAGGUAUUAUGGCAUUUUGGGAUAAAUGAAAGAUUAUGUACAAGUGAAAAUAAUAUAAAUAUAUAUAUAUAUAUAUAUAUAUACAUAUAUAUAUAUAUAUAUAUAUAUAUAUAUAUAUAUAUAUACAUUGAGAACCUCUCUGCACCAUUUGAUAAGUCUCUUCUUACAUUCUUUUUCUGAUCCAGGUGAUUCUCUCGUUUACCAUAAUAACCGACCAUUCACCACCAAAGACAAAGACAACGAUGGAGACCCGAAUAAUUGUGCACAGAUUUUUAAAGGUGGUUGGUGGUAUGGGAAUUGUCAUCACUCCAAUCUAAAUGGCCUCUACCAUGGAGGGGCGCACAGUAGUUAUGCAGAUGGUGUCAACUGGAAGACAGGCAAAGGCCUGAACUACUCCUACAAAGUUGUUGAAAUGAAGUUCAGGCCAAAGUAAUCUACUGAAGAUAGUAUCAAAGCUAUAUUAGACACAUUUGUAUCAAGCACCAUGAGGACUCUGGAUAACAGAGAAAGGAGAUCGAAUAUCCUGCAAGCCUGGUUAUUAUUGAGUAUUUAUUUUAAUCCCAAAAUUAUUUUCUUUAAGAAAUACAAAUUAUCUGCAUACAGUCAGUACAGCUCCACCAAAUAUCUGUGCUAUACAUGCAACUUAAAAUAAAAAAGCGUGGAAUACGAGAUGGGAUGGAAAAUGUUACUAUGGGAAAUGAAAACAAAAGAGUGAAUAAAUAACAAUACAGUAUAUCUAGAUAUAAAGUAUAUCUGAUGUUUGCUUUGAUAAUUUUUUAGCUUGACCUCCCUUUCUGUUGGUUUAAUUAGAUUUUAUCUUCCUUAGAUUGAGGCUUCCAGAUUAUCAUUAUUAUUUUAUUUUUCACCUUAUUGUAGUUUAUUUUAUUUUGAUAUUUCUUAGUUAGAUUUAAUCAUCUCAUUGUGGUGUAUUUGCACUCCACACACUAGGAUUUUAUUUUUAGCUUUUCUUCACGGUUCAAUUUGCAAUAGGUGAAACUGACUACCUAGCGAUUAAAGGGUUUCCCCCUUUACCAGCAUGGUCCUUUAAAGAAAUAAUGCAAAAGGUUACAUGUGAUUUCACACCAAGGCUAGAGGGAGAGCCCAUGUCUCCAUUGCUCUGUCAUCAGCAUUCUAUAUUCAGAACACUGAAGAGGUCAUGGUGUAAUGUUAUGCCAUCACAGUGUAGAUGUAAACUCAAUACAAUUAUCCAUUUUAAUUUUGCUCUAAAUACAGAAUAUCAGGACUGUUACGUGGGGCUGGCAGAGCCAGUAUUAUCAAUUUAUUAAAAAUGUGCUUGAAAUCAGGUUGGUUUGGGCCAAUCCUUUCAUACACAUUUGCAAGUCAAAAAUCUGAGUUCAUCAGAAUUAUCAUCUCGCAUACCCUCAGGACAUCACUGGUUAACUAUAGCUCUCCUGGAACAAGAGCACCUCCUUAAAGCACUGAAAGGGGUGAAAAAUGAUUUUUAGAAUGCCUUGAAUAUCCAAACCUGAACUGUAUGAAGUGCAAUGUAUCUUAUUCCUUGGCAGAGGUUAGACAUUACAGAGUAACCCGGGAGUAGAAUUCUACAGCUAGAUUUAGUUUUCAUGAUUGGAUUUUCUUGGUGUGCAGCACAGCACAUUAGAAAAAUAAACAGUUCACUUUUAGGCUAUGGAAUGCAGAUGGCAUUUUAAUUUAUCUUCUAAUCCAGAAUAAAGAUAUUUUAAGUGAAGUGAAGGUGGACAGAGGAAUCGCAACAUAGAAGACUUGUCACAUUCAAAAUCCCAAGUACUUUUUAUUGAUAGAAAUUACGUUUAACAAUUUUAUUGCAUUACUAAGAAGAAUUGCAUUGCAAUUUUGAUGUAACAAGUACAAUAGGAGAACAAAUAAUAUGAGAACUAUGUAAGUAACACCACUAAUAAAAUAAACAAAAACAACGUACACGUUUACACUUCCCCACUUACACACAAAAUAUACAGAAUACCGACCGGCAAGCAGUAGUUUUACUGUUGAUUCAAAAGUUGUGCAAAUUUACAUCACCAACCCCGGGAAAGAGCCCACAAGCGUGGGGAUAAGGACCACCACCCCAUACGAGACACACAAAGUCAACCAGCCCAAGACGAUCCCAAACCUGAUGGGGCGCAGACCAGCACAACCACAACCUGCACUCUCACAUAAGCACACCUUGCUGAUCAACCACACGUUCUACCAGUUCACAUAUAUAACGGACAUGUUAAGCUAUGUCUUAUGUCUUGUUAAUUUUAUGUUUAAAUAAUGAAAAGUUGACAAUGAACAGCAAGACAACUGUAAUGAUGAAACAUGCACCACCUACUUCUGUAUGUAUUGAGCAAAGUGGAAAAAUGUAAUGUUGUUACAUGUGUCAAGUCGAAAAUAAAGAAAUAAAAAAAAAAGUUGUGCAAAUUCUUAGUUUUCCGUAGUUACUAAUUUUAUCAUAAAUUGGGUCUAACUCAGGGAGCCAAUUUGCUCUCUUAUCCACAUCCAAAGAGUGUUAGGAUGGACAUAUUAAUAAUAAAAACUGCAAACAUAAUUUAAACAAUUCUUUUUACUUAAUAUAUUUUUAUUGGAGAUGUUUUAGUAAUAUACCUUACAAACAAAUACUUAAGCAGUGAUUGCAGAAUAAAUGGACACUAGUCGGACAUCACUAAUAGCCAAAUAGUCAUAAAUAUAACCUCAACAUGAAGUUCACUCUGAUGUCCAGGUACCCUCUUCGUAGUCACCCAUGCCUUCCCCUGAAAUGGCCUCUCUUUACUUUAUUCUCCCCAAAUCCUUUAUUGUUAAAUUAGCUGUUCCCAUAUGUAGUUUAUCUUAUGACGAUACCACACCCCAGUCACACCCCUGUCACACCCCUAAAAUUAAAGUUUCCCUCUUUGUACAUUUGAAAUGUUGGCAGGUAUGUAAAUAUCACGAACUUUUGAGGAAGUAAAAAACAAAACAACAAUACUCUUUGUGAAUCCAGAGAAAUCCUUGGAAUUCACUUCUCAGGACGGAAUUUCAUUUCGGUGGCUUUUAACGAGUAGAAACUAUCGUGGAAAGAGUGCCAGAUGAUUCCUUUACCCUUGAUUUUGUGGGGACCUUUCAGGUAUUCCCCGUUCAGGUGGGAAAAAUGGCAAGACUCAAACCACCAGCCUCCUUUGAAGUAAUUGGCGCAGCUUUCCAUGUUUUUAGGAGACUUGUCAUUGUUUCGAUCUUUCGUUGAGAAUGCCUGAUUUUUUUCAAUUCCCAAGGAAUUACCUAAAUAACAGAGAAGAGCAUAUUGACAUGGUCAAUAAACAGCCAUAAAG